CUCUGCUGACAGGUCGCAACCUGUCUACGCUGUUUACAAAGUCUACGCUGUCAUAUUCACGUACAUGUGUGGUGUACCUCUGUAGAUUCAGGACUGUGACGUCUCAGCUAAUGCACCAUUAUCUCAAAAAGAGAAAAAGGUUUACCAUCAUGAAGUGAGGUAGGAUGUGAAGCACUCACCCCAUCUCCAGGACAUGAUGUCACAGGACAGAAGAAGAAUUUGGGAAGGGAGUGGAAAGCAGAUGCAGUUGUUUAUUCUCGCCUACCUUCUCCUCCUGGCCUUACCAUGCAUGGGCUUCCUCCCCAACUUUUGGUCCAGAGUGUUAACAUUGUCAUGGGACUCGCACACACACCAGUACAUCACUGAGCAGGCUAUUCUCAAUGUCACCCUGGAGACCCUGAGGAGCACCAAAACAUCUCAGGGGAACAAUGAAGAGGAACAGACCAGACUGGGCCGUGGCUUCUGGAGAGCUGUGGGAGAGGUGGUGAAGUCCAAUGCGGCCAUGGACUUCCUGAGCAGCACCAGGUCCGACCCGGUGUACCACUUUGAUUCGGAGCAAGUGGACAGCGCCAUGGGGAUGUUACGGCAGUUCUGGGCUCAGACUCUGCUCUCAGUACGGGCCAAAGAGUACCAAAGUGCUCGUCACAGCUUGGGACAGCUGUUUCACUCGUUGCAGGAUUUCUACAGUCACAGCAACUGGGUUGAGAUGGGCCAGCGCUCCAUUUACCUCCACCUGCUGCAGCCAGAGGAGCCUGCCGUGCCUGUGGCUGAAGAAGACACUCCUACCUGCAUGGAGUGCUUCAGCGCCACCUGUCGAGACAACCUCCAGCCAGGACUGACAAACACAUAGCGAGAAACCCAGCUGCUCACCACUGGCUACUUCAGCACUUUCCCUCCAAAACCAUACGGCAAAUGCAGUCAUGGAGGUAUUCUGGACAGUAGCCGCUAUAUGGGGGCCAAAGGGGGCAUCAACAAGGACAGCACCUCCCCUGUCUUCUCCCCUCACCAUUAUCUCCAUAUGGAGGCUGCCAAUUUGGCUAUGGAGGCCACCCUGAGUGUACUGAGAGACCUCGGAGACGCUGUGGGCCCUGAAACGUUCCUCAGGCUCUUUAGUGUGAAGCAGAUCCCUGCGUUGGUGUUUGUCAUGGACACCACAGGCAGCAUGUUUGAGGAGAUCACUGCCGCUCGCUUCAGGGCUCACUCCAUCAUCGAGAGCCGAGCCAGCAACCCUGGGCUGCCUGGCACCUAUGUACUAGUGCCUUUCCAUGACCCAGAGGUUGGACCCGUGUUUGAGACCGAUGAUCCAAACCAGUUCAUCCAGCAGAUGGAUAACCUGAUGGCGCUGGGAGGAGGAGACGAGCCAGAAAUGUGUCUCUCUGCCAUUCAGCUGGCCCUCACUCACAGUCCUCCACUGUCAGAGAUCUUUGUAUUCACUGAUGCGUCCCCUAAAGACGCCCACCUGUUUGAUGCUGUGAAGGCUCUGGCACUUGAGAAACAGAGCAAGGUGACGUUUCUUCUUACUGAAGACCUCAAAUAUACAACAGAGAGCAGAGGCAGGAGGAAGAGGAGGAGGAGGAGGAAGAGGGAACCUUUGUCUCCUGACCGUUUCUCUCUUUACUCCGCCCUGUCCUCCCUGUCAGGAGGUCUGACAAUAUUCACCACCAACUCUGACAUCCGCAGGGUCUCGGCCAUAGUGGAGGAUAACACAGCCACUGACAAGGUGACCCUCCUCCAUGUGGAAAGCGACCAGGAUUUGAUGUCUUCCCAUUCCUUCAGAGUUGACAGCUCAGUAAAAAGCGUCACAUUGCACAUCACUGGCAUCCUGACAGAGUGCAUCCUGACCAGUCCGUCAGACCAAAGUCAGUCUCUGCUGAGCGGGGACGGCCCCCUGGCAGCUUUAGACCACUUUGAGGGUCUGUACCGCAUCAGCCUGCUCUCUCCCAUACAGCCAGGCCAGUGGAAGCUCCAAGCCAAGAGCGACGGACACCUCACCUUCAAUGUGAUAGGUGAAAGCAGUGUGGAUUUCCUGUAUUACUUUGCCACCGUAACCAAUGAGACACACCCAGGGUUAGAAAGAGUGGAGGGAAGUCCAGUAGCAGGUGAGAGAUUGGGAUUUGUGUCUUAUACAUUUAGAAAAAGCCUUGCAUCUGUGACCAGUGUGACAAGGGUUUUAGGCAAAUAAGCCAUUUGAAGGUCCACCAGCGUAUCCACACUGGAGAAAAGCCUUACAUCUGUGACCAGUGUGACAAGAGAUUCAGUAACUCAAGCAAUUUGAA